AUGGCGGCUGUCCCGAGUGCGGCAUUCCAAGUGGAGGCAGCAGUGAUUGGGGCAGGUGUCAUUGGAUUGGCCAUUGCCAGAAGCUUGGCCAUGGCAGGCAAGGAAGUGAUUAUUCUGGAUCGAGCGGGGACUAUUGGCUCUGAGACAUCAUCUCGAAACUCGGAAGUGAUUCAUGCUGGACUCUACUAUCCACAAGCAUCUCUCAAGGCUCGCUUUUGUGUGGAGGGGAAACUAGCGCUCUAUGAAUACUGUCAAUCAAGAAGUAUUCCCUAUCAGAAGUGUGGCAAAUUGAUUGUGGCAACCCAAAAGGAGCAACUGGAAACAAAAAUACUCGACCUGCAACAAAAGGCGGUCCAGAAUGGCGUCCUGGACACUCGGAUAUUGACCACCAAGGAAGAUGUACAAGUCUUAGAGCCAAAUAUUCAAGCUGUGGGGGCUCUCUGGUCUCCCAGUACGGGGGUCAUCAAUUCACACUCGUUCAUGCUCAGUCUCCUGGCCGAUGCAGAGGAUCAUGGAGCUACAUUGGCGACCGUCGUGAAUUCGGCGGGAUUAUGGGCCCACCAGGUGGCUCAAUCCAUCCACCACUACAACAAUCACAACUGCUGGUCCAUUCCAAGACAAUACUUUGCCAAGGGCAAUUACUUUCAGUUGGAAGGCUGUAACAGUAGCAAGAAUCCCUUUACACACUUGGUAUAUCCUAUUCCAGAACCAGGGGGGUUGGGAGUGCAUGCAACCAUGGAUUGGAGUGGGCAAUCUGUCAAGUUUGGACCCGAUGUUGAAUGGAUCGAUGUCACAACCACCACAGAACCGGACGGCAUUGACUUGAUGCCACAUCCACAACGAGCCCAAGGGUUCUAUGAACAAAUCCGCAAAUACUGGCCGGAUCUCCCAGACAAUUCGCUCAUUCCAGAUUAUGCCGGAAUUCGACCCAAACUACAUCAUCCCUCACUCGAUAUAGACCAUGGAGCCGCAGCGCCCUUUCAUGACUUUUACAUUGCAGGACCAGAACAACAUGGAGUGCCAGGACUGAUUCAUCUAUUUGGAAUGGAAAGCCCGGGUCUGACCAGUAGCAUCGCCAUUGGAGACUACAUUACACAACAGGUCCAGUCAUGGAAAUAA